AAUGGUUAAGUUUGUUUAAAUACUAAGUUUGAAGAAUAUGUUAUCGAAGCUCAUUACUUGUAAAGAGACACUACUUCGAUAAACUUCAUUCUUAGAUUCCUCUCUAAAUAAAAAUCAGUGUCUCAAUCAAAUUCACUCACAAGAAAUGCAAGUCAAAAAAAAUAAUGAAAUUCUUAAAUUGUUAGAGUCAAAAUGCAAAAGUCUAAAGACAGAAUCACAAGAAGAGUAUUUUAAAAUAAUGGAAUAAACCAUUUAAAUACUAGAUUAGUAACUCUAACUAAUUAACAAAAGUAUAAAACAUGUUUAAUAUAUUAGUAAUGAAAAAGUAAAAUAAUAGAAAUUAAAUUAAAUAUUCUUCAUUAAGAUCAAAUAUUUUAGAAAAAGCUGCCAAUUACUUUUAUGAAAUUUGGUAAUUUGAUACUCAAAAUAUAGAUUACCUCAAAAAAUAUUUAGAUGUAUAUAUAUUAUAUUUAUUAAAGAUUGUUAAAUGUUUUAAAGGAACUCUAUGUGAUCAAUACCUAGAAGGACUUUGCAAAUAUGCAUAAUAUACUUAAGAUUAUGAAGAGCUUGCAUAUAUUUAUACUCAAAUUGAAAAGAAUAAAUUUUCAUAAACAUAAAAAAGAUGUGCCAUGACUCUUUUUAUGUUAUCAUAAGAUGAACUUUACUAUGAACAUUUUCUUUUAAAUGAAUCAAAUCUGUCUGAUUAAUCAUUUGAAAUUAGAGUAAUUAUAUUUAAUCAUUCUAUUAGUUUCAUCUCUUUGCUACUCAAUAUUUCCAGUAACAGAAUUGUUAUCAUACAACAAAAUUUCACAAAUAAUAAUGUGAAUAUAUGUCAUCCGAAUAUUAGAGAUCCAUUGCAUAAAGCAAUUUGGAACUUUAAUUGUCAUUCAUGAAAAAUAAUAGCAAUCAUUGAUUGU